UCCAUCUGCCCCCUCUCUGUACUCACGUCUCCUUCACCUUCUCCAUUUCUGCACUUUAAAUUUGCUGUGCUGUGCUCUGCUCUGCAUGUGCCAUUGCUCAUCGUCUUCGCAUUCAAUUCCAAUUCCAAUGCCGGACGUGGACGUCGAUGUCGAUGCCGCCUCCCGUCUCUCCUCCUGCAACCACCAUUAACAUUAAUGGUGCUUACUCUGCAGAUUCCGCCAUUGCUGCAGGAAAUAGUAAUACAAUCCCUCAGGGUUUAGCCGCGAGCAAUUUCUCGAUAAUGGCACCAGACAACAACAAUUGGCUCUCCUUCUCCCUCUCCUCCAUGGAAAUGCUCGACGCUCCGCAGUCGCCGUUUCCGGCAACCGCCGCCGCCACCGAUAAUCGCGGUUACUCCACCGCCUUCGAAGAUAACUUUUACGACGGUGCUGCUGCAGCUUGGGAGACUCAGAAAUCGCAGGCAAUGUACUCCGACGAAGCCGACAACGCCGCCGCCAUCUACACCGCCUACAUGCAGCCAACUCCGCCGAAGCUGGAGGAUUUCUUCGCCUGCGGCGGCGGAGAAUCGGCGGAGACUCAGGACUCGUCCUUGACUCACCUCUACGAUUCCGCUGCUGCAGCGGCGGCUUACUUAGUCAAUCCUGAGCCGCAAAACCUCCCAAGUAUUACCGAUUUCCAGGCGGCACCGGCCACUGCCGCCACCGCCCCCGCCGGCGGCUCCUUCUCGAAUAACUCGAGCUCUGAGGUUGAUGACUCCGCGUUGGUCGGAGUGCAGAAUCAGUCGCCGCCGGUGGAAUCGGCGGCCGAGUUCGCCGCUUUUCCAACUUCCGGCAACGAGAAUAAUAUCAGCAAUAAGACCCUCGUCGUUUGUACUGAUUCAGAAAGCUGCAGGAAACUUGCUGAUACAUUUGGUCAAAGAACUUCCAUUUACAGAGGGGUCACAAGGCACAGAUGGACAGGCAGAUACGAAGCACAUCUGUGGGACAACAGCUGCAGAAGAGAGGGGAAGGCAAGAAAGGGCCGUCAAGUGUAUUUGGGUGGAUACGAUCAGGAAGAUAAGGCGGCGCGAGCCUACGAUUUGGCUGCUCUGAAGUACUGGGGAGCGAGUGCGACGACUAACUUCCCUAUUGCCAACUAUCCGAAAGAGCUCGAGGAGAUGAAAAAUAUGACGAAACAAGAAUUCAUUGCAUCGCUUCGAAGGAAAAGUAGCGGCUUCUCUCGGGGUGCAUCCAUUUACCGGGGUGUGACGAGGCAUCAUCAGCAAGGUCGGUGGCAAGCGAGGAUUGGCCGUGUUGCCGGGAACAAAGAUCUCUACCUGGGGACAUUCGCGACUGAGGAAGAGGCGGCAGAGGCGUACGACAUUGCUGCAAUAAAGUUCAGGGGAAUAAACGCGGUUACCAACUUUGAAAUGAACCGUUACGACAUUGAAGCCAUUGCAAGAAGCCCUCUCCCGAUAGGCGGAAUGGGAAAGCGUCUGAGGCUCGCGGUCGAGGCUGAAGAAAAGCCUUCGUCUAAUUUGCCCCUGCCUCUGCCUCUGCCUCUGCCUCUGAUGAAUACUACUGCUACUACUGCAUUUCAAGCACCGUACAAUCCCAAUGGCAUUGGCUUUCCAGGCAUGGGCAUGGGAAUUCAGACAUUCUCGAACUUGAACAACAACCUUCCUUACGGAAUGCCCUUCGAUGCUUCAGCUUCGGCUUCUGCUCCAUUUUAUCAUCACAACCUCUUCCAGCAGAGCGGUGCUGUGGCGUCUGGAUCGAUUGCGAAUCCGAUGAAUCCUAUCAGUCUUGUCCCGCGCGGGAGCGAGUACUUGGGCUGGCCUAAUCCUCGCCAGCCGUAUUGACGGUUCCGAUC